AUGGCAGACGCAACUAGUGACGAAGAUCGAGAGCGCCUCAAGGCUGCCUUGUGGUACGCAGUUGGUCAAAUAGUUGAUGAAGAGUCUCUACGCCGUAACCGAAAUGCCACACCACAGUUCAUCGGCGCACUCACAGAGCUAGUCUGGACACAAAUCGAGAACGUUGCCACAGAUCUGGAGAGUUUCAGCAACCACGCUGGACGGUCCACAGUGACAACAGACGAUGUGUUGCUUCUCGCCAGAAAGAAUCCCGAUUUGCACCAGAUCAUGAAAGAGUUUGUUGACCAGGCCAAGGCAGAAAAGGGAACUGCAAAGGGAAGAGGGGGUGCGAGCAAACGCUAG